AUGGACGUCGAACUCCUCAUCGGUCUUAUAAAUGAGGUCGAUAUUGAUUCAUCCAGACUGUCGUUCGAACGCCCAUCCAAAUCCCGCACUACACGCAUCUUGGACUCUCUGGCCCAAAUCCUGGUUUCAAAACCAUCUGGAGAAGCAGUAGCAGUUGGUGCUCAAGUUACUCAGGAUAAUAGCAUAGUGAUACUAACAAUUGCAACUAAUGAUGGAUCUGUUCCGGCUUUCAUGCAAAUUCAUUUUAACCGAGUCUGGACAUCCUUGAAGAAUAUUGCGACUUGCUAUCAGAAUCACCCUCACCGAAAAUCAUGGCAAGAUCUUCCUACCAAUACCAGAUCCAGAAUUGAUGGUUUUGUGCAACUCGUUUCGGAAUAUUCGCGUGAAAGGUACAAGCAUCAAAUGAACAAGACGCUCAGCCAUAACCAACAAAAGACACGAUUCGAGGAAUUCAGUGAUAUCGUUCAGUCUCUAGACUCGGAACACGAUGUGACGAAACAACUGCUCAAAGCCCUUCCCGACAUGGAAGCCAUCAACAAAUGGCUGCAAUCCGGAACGCCUGAAACUUACACGCAUCUCUACGAAUGCUUUUACCGACUAUAUAAGCGUGCCAGAAACGUCCUUCGCCUCCAAGAUCUCGAUCCCAUAAAAGAUCGCCGUAUGUCUUUCGUGGUCGAGUAUCUGAAAAAGGUCACGUUCUUCCCGACAUCAUUCAGGACACUAAUGCAGCUUGCCUCGUCCCGUCGGCUAAGAUCUCGUUUUCUAUUAAACAAGAGCCUCGAAGUUCGCUACGUCUCUGCCAACACCGGAGGUGAGUUGAUCACGCUUCCAGAACAGCCUGUUUUGCAAAAACUAGCGCUCGCAGCCCUACGCAGCAAAUGCAAAGGCUUGCCCCCUAACUAUCCCACUCCUGAGACCAGCGAACAUCUGAAAAGGCCGACGAUAACUAUCAGAAUGCCGAUCCAUUGUGAGGUAGCAGUUGCUCUUGAUUUCCUGUCGGACAAAAGGCUACCAGCUCUUCCAUACAUCGGAGUAUCCAAAUUAUCUUGCCUCGCCUGUUGGAAGUUUCUUUCCUGCCUGCGGAAGAGGAAGCCAGGUUUUCACACCAGGGGAACAAGCGGGAAGGCGAAUUUUCCGUGGAAGUAUCCUGGGAAGCAACUCAGCAAGUCAACCAUCAAAGAUUAUGCGAAUGCUAUUUACGAGGAAUUUUACUUGGAAAUGGCGGGUAGAUAUACGGAUUGUAUUCUUGAGCAUCCAUGGUCUGGGGCAAGCAUGGAGGGCGAAGACCUGCAGUGUGUUGAGGACAUUUUAUUUCAGGGGAUUGAAGGGAUGGAAAUAGACUGA